CAAACAUAUCCUCCUUCCAUUGCAUUGCAGUUGAAUACAAUGGCUCCCUCCAUAUCUUCACUUGCUCCCAUCUAUACCAUGCUAAUUGUUCUUGUCUUCUUGUCUUCCAUGGCUAAAUCAGACUUCAAUAUGUCACCAACCCCCUCUCCUCUCUUUGGUAAUAUUUGUGAUGAAGUUAACUGUGGAAGAGGAAACUGCUCAGCUGAUAUUUCCAAACCAUUUGGUUUUACCUGCAAGUGUGAUCCUGGAUGGCGCAGAACUCGGGCAGACAUUGAUGAUGAUAAUGAUAAUGAUAACGAUCAUGAUGACGAUGAUGAUGAUCAUGAAUUCCUUCCAUGUGUCAUCCCCAACUGUACCCUCGACUACUCGUGCAUGCCAGCUCCUCCCCCGAGCCCUCCGAAGCCAAAUAACAUUUCCCUCUUUGAUCCUUGUUAUUGGACAUACUGUGGAGAAGGUACAUGUAACAAGAAUAAUACAUAUAAGCAUACAUGUGACUGCAAGCCUGGAUACACUAAUCUCAUGAACAUCUCCCACUUUCCAUGCUUCAGCAGUUGUGCUAUUGGAAGCGAUUGCAGCAGGCUUGGAGUACGGUUGUUAGACGCGUCAUCCCCAAAUGGUUCUCCAUCUGGUGAUAGCAGUGAAGGCAUCAGAUUUCUUGCUGGAGGCUUUCAUUGGAUUGGAAUGAUAGUGAUGUCUAUAGCCAUGGCUCUGUGGAACUAGGAAAACAUAUUUGGAUUGUUGAUUGUUUUGUUACAGAGGUCUUGUUGAUGUUUCUGGUUUAUAAUAUAUACAAUCUAUCUGUUAUUUA